AUGGAGACAGUUCAUGGUUCAACUAUACCAACCAAGUUGACCAUUGUACAUUCCACUGGAGUGUUUUUGCACAACGUUGUCUGGUGCAGCUGUCCUGGGGUCGAUUGUCAGCAGCAUUUGCAAUUGCUGAAAGCUAAAUUAUUUCCAGCCAGUACCACUCGACCACAGACUGCCUUUACUUUUGAUGUCCUCAAUCAUUUUCUAAUUGAUGCACUGGAGUGCAAGACUUCAGCAUCCAGCUUCUUUGAAAAAAUCCGUCGAAUGACCAAUAACUGUUUCCCAGAUACUGUUCCUAAUCGAUAUCGAGAACUUAUGAGAGUGUCUCGACUGUGGAGAGACUUGAUGAGUCGAAAAUGGUUUGGCUUUGCCCAUAAUGAUGAGCAGAAACCGGACAAGGGUGAUCUGGCUUGGUUUUGCCCUGCUUGUCCACAGCCUGGGAUUAACCUACCUCCUGACUGGCAAGCCAGAUAUGAAAGGCAACCAGAGAGUUGUUGGCUUGUUUCACAAAGAUAUGUGGUAGACGGGAACUUCACUGCUCAACAUAUGGUAAUGAGAAAACCACAGUUGGACAUUAGUUUGUCAGACGGGCUUGGGUAUAUGGUGAAAGAUCAAGAAUACCAGACUCAUCUGUCAUCGGCUGUAGAAAGUAAAGAGUGGUCUUCUUGCAGCAAUCAUCGUGCAGUAAAUGCAGCCAAUAUCAGCAGGAGCAAUCUUCGAGCUACAGGUGUAGGAGCAACUGCUUGUGCUCGACAUGGAUGCUUUGUUCCUCAUAGUAUAGUUGAUUUUCAGAAGGGCGAAAUGUCUGUGUAUGUCCUCCAAAUCAACAUGUUAUGCAAGCUCAGGUAA